AUAGAAUCAACUAAAUCAAAAUGCUAUUAUUAAUUUUAGGAAUAAAAUAAAAUAAAAUAACUUUCUUACAGUUACAGAAACGAAAACGAAAACGAAAACGAAAAAUCUACUGAGGAGAAGACAUCAAAUUAGUGCCAUUUAGCAUGGAGAGUUAGGUAGAUUGUGGUAUCAGGCAGUCGAGAAAAAUGCCAGGAGGAUCGUCAGGCAUAGGAUAUGGUCUCAAAUAUCAGAUGCAUAUCAGAUGUUAAAGCAGACACAGAUCAUACCAGCUUCAUCACUGGCACUCUCAGUCUUAGAGAAGAAAAUGAGGUGCAUUUGAUUCGGCUAUCUUCAGGUGGAACUGAGCUCAUAUGCGAGGGCCUGUUUUCGCAUCCUAAUGAGAUCUGGGACCUCUCUUCGUGUCCCUUUGAUCAACGCAUCUUCUCCACUGUCUUUUCUACUGGCGAGUCAUAUGGAGCAGCAGUAUGGCAGAUCCCUGAGUUAUAUGGUCAGUUAAAUUCACCUCAAUUGGAAAAAAUUGCCUCCCUCGAUUCACACUCUGGAAAGAUUAAUUGCAUUUUGUGGUGGCCAUCAGGGAGAAAUGAUAAGCUGAUCAGCAUUGACGAGGAGAAUAUUUUCUUGUGGAGUUUAGACUGUUCUAGAAAAGCUGCCCAGGUGCAUUCUAAGGAGUCAGCUGGUAUGUUGCAUUACUUAUCUGGUGGGGCAUGGGACCCACAUGAUGUGAAUGCUAUUGCAGCAACUUGUGAAUCCGCAAUCCAGUUUUGGGAUCUAAGAACAAUGAAGAAGACAAAUUCAAUUGAUUGUGCCCACUUGCGCAAUGUUGAUUAUAACACCAAGAAGAAGCAUGUUCUUGUUACUGCAGAGGAGGAAUCUGGGGUUCGUAUAUGGGACCUUAGAAUGCCAAAGGUUCCUAUUGAAGAACUUCCUGGACAUGCUCACUGGUCUUGGGCUAUUGCAUGUAACCCAGAGUACGGCGGGCUGAUUCUGAGUGGGGGCACAGACUCGACUGUAAACUUGUGGUUAGCUUCAACAUUGACUGGUGAUGAGAGGGCAUCUGAAAGCUUGGUUGACUCACCAACUCGGCAAGUUGAUCCAUUGCUUUAUUCAUACAGUGAUUUCGAAGACAGUGUUUAUGGUCUUGCUUGGAGUUCUCGUGAGCCUUGGGUUUUUGCAUCUUUAUCUUAUGAUGGAAGGGUAGUUGUAGAAUCAGUCAAGCCUUUCCUCUCAAAAAAGUGAAGCCAAUGUAGAUUGGCCUCAUGGUGGAACUCUCAUUUUGUUUUUCCAUCCCUAUAAACCAUUCUGAAGAACCAUAUCGUAGAUAUGAAUUUGGAUGGGCUACCAUUUGGCUCAACAAGGAUGCAGCAUUUCAAGCUUUAUUCUUGCUUUAGGAAUGGAUUUCAAGGAAGCAAAUUGAUUAGUAGCUGCACACAACAAUAUUCUUUUGAUUUUAGGGAAGUUACUACCAUUGUCGAUUUACAAUUAUAGAUGACUCGGUUUCAUUUUAACUUUGUUUGUGUUAUUGUUUUGGACAAAAUAUAAAUAAGAUGAUCGGAGUUUGUUUUUCGAUUUCAUUUUUUUUUUCUUUUUUAAGAGACAGAGAAUCAAUGCAGAAUACCUAAAAAGACAUUCCUGCUGCA